CGUUAUUUUUUAGAAGAAUGUUUAAAACGAGCAUGUUUGGGAUUCCUGUGGUUUCUUCCCUCCAAGAGAAGAUGGCGGCCAACAACACGUGUAUCAGCUGGGAAAACUUUUGUCAAAUUCAUCAGCAACAACUCCAAUCUAUUGGCCUCCCAGAGGAUCUUUGGAAACAGCUUUACGAUAAACUAUCACGUCGAGUCAUUCACGAUGCGAGGUCGAGGUUUGAUCGGCGUAAAAAUGAAGAAAUAGGUAAAUGGUCUUUACAUUCCAGGGAAGCGUUGAAACAACAUGGUGAUGUCUUCCUUGUAGAUCACGCCUGGACUAGCGAUGGCAGCAGUAAAGCCAAAGAAAUGUUACUCAAGAAACUUGAAUUGAGAACAAGAAUGGAGGAUUUGUUGAGUUUGAACGAAAACAUCAGUAACCAAGUGGAGGGAGAGUUUUUGGAACAAGAAACAGUUGUUCAAGAACUUAGUGGAGUAGAUGAAGAAAGGGCUAAAGAAUGUGUGGAGAAAUCCAACAAUGACCUCAUACAUGCCCUACUUCAUGCUGAAGGUGGUGAUCAAGRCAAAGGUCCAGAAAUAAAUGUUGAUGUACCAGAAAAGAAGGAGAAGGUUCUUGAUUAUGAAGAUUUCAAGUAUGGCUUUACUGCAUCAUUAGAUGAGGAAAGCAAGAAAAACGUGUCUGAGGAAUUUAUCCAAAAAAUGUACAARAAAUACCUCAAGGAUAAUGAAGAGUCUAAAACUAAUGAAAUAGUUUAUGGCAGAGGAACGACUGCAAAGUACAGCUGGAAUGAAACAGAUGAAGAUGAUGGGACUAUUACGGUCUUGAUUUCAGUGUCCUCGACUACCAAAAAGUCUUCCAUAUUGAAUAAAUUAACCCCAAGUAGAUGGACAUUGGGUAUAAAGGGACAGGAGCCCAUUAUUGAUGGAGAGUUCUACAGUAGAGUGAUCCCUGAUGAGAGUUUCUGGACAUUUGAUGGUCAAGGUGUUAUUCAGAUGACCUUGCAGAAGGCAGACCCUGAUGACAGAUUAUGGCCUGUAAGUAUAAAAGGAGAGAAGCAGCUUUCCUCACAACAAAUCUUUGAUGAAGCCAAAGAAAAGGAGCAGCUGGARAAAGAGGAGAUUAAUAGCAUUCUUGAUGGCAUGUGGUACUUAAAUCAAACAUAUCAGGCAGUACUAGUCAAAGGAGGGCCCCAGGAACAUGUCUGGUACAUUAUGGAUGAGUAUGGCUCAGCCCUUAUGCACAGUAGUACCCCAAACAUGAAGUGCUCUCCAUUCGCUUAUGCCGUUAAUGGGGUAAUUUAUUCUCUGAUGUGGCCAAUUACAGACAUAGAUAAAGAAGGACUUUGUACAAGGAAUUUCUGUCCUUCCCUUAGUGCAAUUGAAACACCACUUCACUUGGAAGCAMGGCAAUUAGCAUGUGCUCCUGAACUGCCUGYMGAGUACCCUAGMUCAUUUCUCCAAGAUUAYGCCACUGCAGUCUCUACAGUGAAAUAUACACCCCAUAACGUGAAAGCAGUAUCCAUGGCAUCUGAUUGCAAGGCAGACAAAAGUGCAACUGAAAUGAAAUUAUCGUUGAAGUUCUUUGUCGAGGAAAGUUGUAAGGAUGUCAGGUCUGUGUUGGGGAUUCUUGGCUGUAGUUUUGUGGAUAAGCCUGAAGAUGCAGACGCUCUGUGGCUCAAGAAUCACGCUGUCAGUGUUGCAUCAUCUCAAAAGUUCAAUACUUUGAGUGGAGAUGAGUUUCUGGUCAGAAGGGAUGUUCUUUGUCGAAUGAUUCAUAAAAAGUGUGGUGAGGUGCCAUGGUUUCCAGUGUCCUUUAACCUUCGUUCCCAAUUGCCUGCCUUCUGUGUGGAACACUACCAGAAAGGCGURUCAGCAAUGUGGAUGUUACGAUGUGCCAACCCAAGUGGAUCWUACUUCAAGCCAAUCAUUAGCAGUGACUUAAGAAGAAUUAUCAGACUGGGCGAGGCAGUACCACUGAUCGCAUCACAAUUCUAUAUCUCCGUGGCUCUGUCGCACAAGAAGCACUUYUGUCUCCAKUACAGUGUAAUCGUGCCAUCAUUAAAACMUCUCAGYCUUCUCAUCCACAAUACUCCACGCAUYAGAACAACAGCCAAGAAUUUUGACCCUAUGGAUGACCUAGACGAAUACGACUCGAGCGCGCUGAUUACCACAAGCGACACCGCUCCACAAAAUGCUGAAACCAUGGAAGAAUUCCUCAAAGACUUCGAGAAAAACUAUCUAUCGCGAAAACAGUACACUUGGGAAGAAGUGAAGAAAAACGUUUAUCAUAAUAUUUACGAGCUGUUUCUAGCGGUUUCAAGUAGUCUCUCACGACCAGGUAACGUUAGCAGCGARAAUCAAAGUCCAGGGAACUUGUGUGCUGUGUAUGGCGUUGAYGUUUUGAUUCUUGAAGAUUUUUCUGCUGUUGUUAUUGGCGUGGAUUCGGUACCGUCGUUCCCCAACAACGAAGUGGCUAAAGAAGUGCUGUAUGUGGCUUAUUCCGAUCAGGAAGUGUCUGCUACGUUUGGAAAUCGUUUUACAAAAGUAACUUGUGAAGAAUAGGGACUGGAUGAAUCAAACUUAACAGAAAUACUGAAUCAGUAUUGACUUACAGAAGCCGAAAAUAUUUAGUCUGAAUUCUAUUCAUAGUUAGCAAUAGCUUCUAGUUUUUUGGUUUAAACUUGUAGUUUACUG